UGAAAGGAUCAUCAACCGGAAGUUUACGUAUAGGUCAGUCGGACCUGUUAUUGUGGUCGGGUUAGACUUCUAUUCUCAGCAUUGGAAGCCUUUUGUGGAGUACUGUCGUUUAUGGACGCCGGGUUUAUGCUCUUAACUUGGGGGAAUGUUGGGAAUCUGUCUGGCUAAUUUCGUACAGUAGAAUGUGAAAUGCUAGUUUGUGAUGCUAGCUGGCGUUCACGCUAAGCUAUAGCUUAGCUUGUUGGGCGCAGCUUUGCUGAGUUGUGGUAUUAGCGCUAACACAGACCCUGUGCUAGUUGAGUAGACAACUGGUGAAGUUGUUUUACAUCACACCAGCGGCGUAUUUUUGCUGCAUUGUUGCUCGAACAGAAAUGCCUCAACUUGUCGACUCAGAUGAGGCCACUCCGUUGCUCAGGGAUGAUGCCAGGAGCGACCACCCCCAGAAUGAAGAUGACAGGAGUCGAUGGAGGUCCAUCAGAGUUAUGUACUUCACCAUGUUUCUCAGCAGCGUAGGUUUCACCAUUGUCAUCACAUCAAUUUGGCCCUACUUGCAAAAGAUCGAUGAAAGUGCCGAUGCCAGCUUCCUGGGAUGGGUGGUGGCAGCCUAUAGCCUCGGUCAGAUGGUGGCCUCGCCCAUUUUUGGCCUGUGGUCUAAUAAACGACCACGCAGGGAGCCCCUGGUGUGCUCCAUCUUCAUCAACUUGGCAGCUAAUAUCUACUACGCCUACGUUUACUUACCCAAAACUAAUAAUAAGUAUCACAUGCUCAUAUCCAGGGUCUUCGUGGGCUUCGGAGCAGGCAAUGUUGCUGUGGUGAGGUCUUAUGUUGCUGGGGCAACUUCACUAAAGGAGAGAACUGGUGCCAUGGCGAACAUGAGUGCCUGUCAGGCCCUGGGUUUCAUCCUGGGUCCAGCCUUGCAGGCAGGCCUGUCUUUCAUUGGUGAACAAGGAGUGACAGUGAAGUUCAUACAGCUGCAACUUAACAUGUACACCGCUCCCGCUAUACUGGCUGCAGCUUUUGGCCUCAUCAACAUCCUACUAGUUGUUCUUGUGCUGAGAGAACACCACAUUGACGACAAUGGAAGACUCAUUCGAUCUAUCAACUACACAUCAGAUGCAGAUAGUUUUGAUGCCAGUGAGGAGGCAGAAGAAAGCAUCGACCAUGCAGCAGUCCUGACUUCCAAUGUGCUCUUCUUCAUCGUCAUGUUCAUCUUUGCUGUCUUUGAAACAAUAGCCACCCCUUUGUCCAUGGACAUGUUUGCUUGGACGAGGAAAGAAGCUGUUUUGUAUAACGGCAUCAUCAUCUGUUGCAUUGGAUUUGAAUCAAUCUUGGUGUUCCUGGUUGUAAAGGUUGCCUCUAAAAGGUUUGGGGAUCGUCCUGUGUUGCUAGUAGGUUUGGCCAUUAUAUUCUGUGGCUUCUUUAUUUUGCUUCCUUGGGGAAACCAUUACCCCAAAAUCCAGUGGGCAGAUGUCAAAAACAAUUCUCUGGUCAGUCAUCUGACUGGAGCCACCACAGCCUCCAACAGCUCUGUGGAGCCAACGGGUUGCCCGUAUGAACAGACUUGGUGUCAGUAUACGCCUGCUAUACACCUAGCCCAAUAUAUCUCAUCUGACAUUCUGAUAGGCAUUGGCUAUCCCGCCUGCAAUGUCAUGUCCUACACUCUGUAUUCCAAAAUCCUUGGACCAACGCCUCAGGGUGUUUACAUGGGAUGGCUGACCGCUUCAGGCAGUGGGGCACGAACAUUGGGUCCUGUCUUUGUCUCGCAGGUUUACACCAUCCUGGGGCCCCGCUGGGCCUUUAGCCUCAUCUGUGGUAUGGUGCUGGGAGCCAUCAUCCUCCUCAGUUCACUUUAUAACCGACUCAUUGCCUUUUCUGUACGUCACGGAAGGAUUAUAGAGUAACACUUUGCACUGGAGAGACUAAUGGCCAUUAACUAAUUUAGUUCUCACACAUUAAAUAUUACAGUUGGCCAAGAUUGAUGCAAAAAUGAUAAAUGUUGCUUAUACUUAAUCUAAAAUGUUGCAACAGAUAAACCUGUGAAUUUAAAUGCUAAAACUGCAGUUGCACUUUCACUAGUUGUGAAAUAAGCCAUGUGACGCGUUUAUAUGGAUGUAUGGGGGUGUCUUGUAAGAGGUGGGUAUGUGAUUCUUUUUUUAAAUCAUCGAGUUACAAAAGAGACUGAUUUAUUGUAACUUAGAGCACAAGUUGUAUGAUAUGAUUACAUUGUUGGUUUAAAAGACAAAUUAUAUCUAAAAUGCAUAAAUAUACAGUAUUUUUAAAACCUGAAGAUAUGAGAAUGAAGAUAUUUUAGAAUAAUCAUAAUUUAUUUCAUGUCUGCAUUUUAAUAACAGAAAAUAUGCUGACUACUGUUACCCUACACAUAGAGGGUAUGACUUUUUACAGUAAAUAUUUACCAUGUUUUUUUUUUCUUUCUUAACCUUAACAUGUUUUCUGCAGAGAUUCUCAUUGAAGUGAGAUUAUCUGGAAGCUGAGACAUGGCCUCAGUACUUCGAGUCGAAGCCUGUUGUUGUUACAAUUACAGGUUGUUGUCUACUUGAAAUAAUUCAUAGAUUGAUGCGGGACUGUAUGUAUAAUUAAAUGUGUGAUGCAUUAAACAGUGA